CAUCUAUCUUUUCAGCUCAAAUGUAAUCGGAAUAGGAAAUUUUUUUAAAGAAUGGCAAUAAAUAAAUGAGAUAAGCUAACAUGCCUUAAAUAAAACCUAGAUUAUGGGCUAGUAUAAUGCUUGAUAAAUGUGAUAUGAUAGCUAAUUUAUUUCAAAUAUUUGAUUAAUUAAUAGAUCCAAGAUUAAUAUUUUUUGAUUAAGAUUUAACUAAAUAAUAAAGUGAUAUAUGUAUGGAUAAUAAUAUGAUUAAAAUUAGUUUUUAAUGCAUAAGCAUUAUUUCCUUUGUUCUCAAGAUUGGAAAAGUCUGAUCCUUAGAUAUGUUUAUAUGUUACAAUAAAAUAUGGAGCAAAAGAUAUUCCAGGAUAGUUUAGUGGAAUAAUCAUUUUUUAUAAUUUAUUUAGAUUCCAUAUAAUUUUGAUUUUUAAGAAAUAAAAUAAUAAUUUGGAAUAUAUUAAAAAUAGAUAAAAUAGGAAAGAGAAGAAUAUGAAUAGGAAUUGA